ACCACAGCAAAGAAAAAGAAGACGAAGAAGAAGAAGUAGCAUCAUCCUGCAGUUUGGGGGGUUAGCCCGGAUUUGCCUCUAAAUGUGAGACAAAUGCGGCGUUGACCAAAUGUCGGACUCACUUUAUAUUUCACCCGGCAUGCCCUGCAAACCAUGGCGGACUCUCAGUUUCCGGUGAACAUGGACAUCUUGGCCAAACCGGUCGCUCGUCGUUUCUGCUGCCCGUGUUGUUAUUGUAGCUAGCGCUAGCGUCAGCUAGGUGGCUAACCCCGCUCACUUCGCUCACGGCUAAGCCGAUGUUGGUUCGUCGCGGUCGGCCAGUGAACCGCAACAACAAGAAGCACGGAAUGCCGACGUUAACGGAUAAGUGAAUUCCCACAUCUAAGUUACAUCUGCAUGCUUUGGGAAGAAGACACCUCGACGGAAAUGGCUCCACCGGCUGCGGUCAGCCGGCGCACCUGACGCCGCCAGCGCUCCCUGCUUGACUCGGUGUUUCGAGAUGGAGCAGCGGAGAGCGGCCGGGCGGACGGCUCCCCUUCCCCACGGCGCGUAUGUCUGAACCAACCAUGUCCUGCAAGGCGGCGAUCAAGGACAAGAAGUCCAGCUUCGGCAAGAAGCUCUUCAGGCGAGGCUCCGUCCGCUCCGUGGGCAGUUUCAUGGGCAGGGUGCUGAGGACCCUGACGGCGUUGUCGACCUUCGGAUCGGAAGCGCCGGCCGACGAGGACAAAGACGAUGGAGGCUUUUCCACUUUUAAACCGGGGGGCAAAGACGUGCCCAUGGACGACGGCGACCUCGCGGGCUUCCUGUCCGGGGAGAGAGUUCCCGGAGUGUCGGGCCUCAAAAACCACGGGAACACCUGCUUCAUGAACGCGGUCCUGCAGUGCCUCAGCAACACCGAGCUCUUCGCGGAGUACCUCGUCCUGGAGCACUACAGGGGCGACGAGUCGGAUGAGGGCAAGCCGCCGGCCAACGGCGUGCACCUGCGGAAGAAGGGUCCUCUGUCCAAAGGGGAGGUCACGGAGCAGCUGUCGGGACUCGUGCGGGCUCUGUGGACGUUCGAGUACACCCCGCAGCACAGCAGGGACUUUAAGAAUGCUGUGUCCAAGAAUGCCACCCAGUUCAAAGGGAAUGCUCAGCACGAUGCUCAGGAGUUUCUGCUGUGGCUGCUGGACCGAGUACACGAGGACCUCAACACAGUCAACCCCAACAUCAGGCCGGCUAUAAAGCCACCCAUUGAAGAAGACGAUCAAAGCUCAGAGGGGCCGUCCCCCCCCCUCUCUGCCGGCUCUUUUGUACAAGAACUGUUUCAGGCUCAGUACAGGUCUUCUCUUACUUGCCCGCAUUGCCAAAAGCAGAGCAAUACGUUUGAUCCCUUCCUCUGCAUCUCCUUGCCAAUCCCCCUGCCGCACACACGGCCCCUGUAUGUGACGGUGGUCUACCAGGGGAAGUACUCUCACUGUAUGAGGAUCGGAGUCGCCGUUCCCCUCAACAGCACCGUCUUUCGCCUCAGAGAUGCCGUGUCGCGAGAGACCAAGAUCCCAACGGACCAGUUUGUUUUGACUGAAAUGUACUACGAUGGUUUUCAUCGUUCAUUUUGCGAUGAUGAUGAUGAUCUUGACAUCAUCCAAGAGAGUGAUUCUAUAUUUGCCUUUGAGACACCAGAGACCUUCAAACUGGAAAAUAUACGCACAAAACGAGGAAGUCUUCUGGCAAACCUGAAUCACAACAACUUAAAAUAUGGGACAGAAAUCAGCAGGACUCCAUCUUUCAUGCAAGGGGCCGUGACCCCGAUAACCGCAUCACCCAAUAAAAACCUGGGACCCGAAAAGAUUAUCCUCCUGGUGUGCAACAGGGCUUGUACCGGCCACCAAGGAAAGAGGUUCGGCCUGCCGUUCGUACUGUACAUGGAGCGCACUGUGACCUGGGACGCUUUGCAGAAAGAGAUCCUGGAGAAAAUGCGUCACCUUCUGAGGCCAGGGGUCUACAUUCAGGUUGGACCUUUCAGCCUCCGCGUGGUUGGCGUUGUCGGUAUCACCUACCUCCUUCCGCAAGAUGAGCGGCCACUGUGUCACCCAACCGUGGAAAGAGCAUACAAGUCCUGUGGACAAGGGGGGCCACCACACGUGAAGAUUGUGGUUGAGUGGGACAAAGAGACCAAAGACUAUCUGUUCGGACACACCGAGGAGGAGUACAUUCCUGACGCCGAGAGCGUGUAUCUGCACAGGGAACAACAUCAUCAGCCUCAGGCCUGCACCCUGGCGCAGUGCUUUCAGCUCUACACCAAGGAGGAGCAGCUGGCCCCAGACGAUGCCUGGCGCUGUCCCCACUGCAAGCAGCUGCAGCAGGGCCACAUCAAGCUCAGCCUGUGGACGCUGCCGGAUGUGCUCAUACUGCACCUCAAGCGGUUCCGACAGGAUGGGGACCGGAGGGUGAAGAUGCAGAACAUGGUGAGGUUCCCGCUGAUGGGCAUGGACAUGGCACCUCACGUGGUUAAGAGAAGCCAGAGCAGCUGGAGCCUACCCUCCCACUGGUCGCCAUGGAGACGCCCGUACGGGCUGGGAAGGAACCCCGACGACUACCUGUACGACCUUUACGCCGUGUGCAACCACCACGGGAACAUGCACGGAGGCCACUACACAGCCUACUGUAAGAACUCCAUUGACGGUCAGUGGUACUGCUUCGAUGACAGCGAGGUUUCCCCGGUAGCCGACGACGACGUGUGCCAGCAGACGGCCUACAUACUGUUCUACCAGCGCCGGACCGUCAUCCCCUCCUGGUCGGCCAACAGCUCGGUCGCCGGCUCCACCAGCUCGUCCCUGUGUGACCACUGGAUCAACAGGUUGCCCGGCAGCAGGCCCGCCAGCCUGGCCUCCGGGGCCUCGUCCAGGCGCACCUCCAUGGCGUCGCUGGCCGAGUCCGUGGAGUUCCCAGUGGAGCGCGGUGAAGAUGACGGGGGCUUCUCCAUCCGCCCUUUUGUGCGCAGCAUCCAGCGGCAGAGCGCGUCCUCCAGGUCGUCCGUCGCCAGCCCUUUAGCCUUCAGCGACAGCGGCAUCAAGCCCUCCUGGUCCCUCUCCGCCAAGCUGCACAUGAGGUCCAACUCGCCCUCCCGUUUCUCCCUGGACUCCCGCUGCUCCCCCCCCCUGGAGAGGAUAGGCGAGGCCUGCGACGACAAGGUUUCCACGUCCUGUUUUGGCAGCUACAGUAAGCACGAGCGCUACUUCGGCAGCAGGACCCCGCUGUCCAUGAUGGAGAGCGACUUCGGCGACCAGGACAACAACACGCGGUUCCUCGACAUGAUGUACUGCCGGGCUCCCACGCCGGUGGAGAAGAAGGGCGCCAAGAGCGAGGCCACCGAAAACAACAACCAGGUGACGGCUGUCGACCAAAACGCUCUCCCCGCCCAGGCGGCUCUGUCCAAAGAGCAGAAACGGAACAGCAGCAGCAGCAGCAGCAGAGGGCUCGCCCCGAAGGCAGAGAACACGAGCUCCUCAAAGAGCUCCUCAAAGAGCUCCUCAAAGAGCGCUGGCAAGGCAGAGCCAGAGAAAACCUGCAAAAAACGUCUGUGCUCCGCCCACAAGGGCUGCGCCGCCGAGACGUCUUGCGCUUCCCCCGUGAAAGGCAAAAAGGAGAGCGUCGCCAAGGGGAAGGCGGCGAAUGCCAAGAAAAACACCUCCACGCCCAGUGGAACGCCCUCCAAGACCAAUAAGGCCGACGCCACGCCGCAGCGCAAGCCGGCCCGCUCCGCCCCUCAGUCCUCGGCGUCUCCGUCGCCGACCGCGCCGAAGGACCCCGGCGUCCCCGCCAAGAGCUCGGCGGGCGGUCGGAGGAGGCUGGUGGAGAGGAGCUGCAGCAGGGACUCUGUGCACGGCAGCCCGCUGGCGCGCGCCUCCCUCCCCGGGAGCGGCGAGGGCGCCCGGCCCGAGAGGAGGUCCGUCAGGAGCUCCAGCAGCAGCUCCUCCGUCGCCAGCCUGCGCUCCCCCGGCGCCUCCGCCAGGGAGGCGCAGCGCGGCAGCCGCUCGGAGGAGAAAGGGCUGUCCUUCUUCAGGAGCGCCCUGCGCCAGAGGGAGAGCCGCCGCUCGGCCGACCUGGGGAAGAGCGCCCUGCUCGGCAAGAAAGCCUCGGAGAGGACGUGCAGGCAGAGCGCGCACGCCAACGAGCCCCCCGCCCCCACCCCCACCGCCGGCGCCGAGGGGUCAAAGCCGGGCCCGAAGGAGUCUUCCAAGCCCCCCGGCUCUCUCAGUCGCACUCUGUUGAACGUCGGCAAGUCCAAGUCUUCCACCUCCGGAGCGAGUCUCAAGCCUCCCCCGAGCGGGAAGAAGCCUCUCGAAAGGACGCCGUCCUCCCGGAAGCUGUCGCCGGGCGCGCCGUCUCCCGCGCGCGCAGCCAAGAGGCCUCAGUGACGCUGACCUCGACACAAUGCAGCUAUUUUCUUUGUGCCUCGGUUCCAGUAAGGAGACGCACUUGUGACGGGGAUGCUUUCUGCGUCCGAGGUGUUGAAUCCCGGGCGGCCAUUCUCUUCCGUAGCAAAGCGCGGCGCGGUGCAUGGGCUGCAUGUAGCGGGGUCUGGGCGUGACGGGCCGCUUCCUGGCAUUCGGGGCACACGAGUCGCCGCCGACCUACCUGUCGGGACUUUGUGCGGCUCACAGAAUUCCCCCCCGUCGGAAUGUUGAAACCCAAUUAUCUUUCUAUAUCUUCAGACCAGACGCUGGUUCUGUCCUUUAAAAAAAAAAAAAAAAAAAAAAGCUGCAGACAUUAAGUUUAGUUAGACUUCCUGCUGACGGAAUAAGAUCUGAAAAGCAGCAGCUGGUGCAUUCAAAGAGCUUAACGGGGGAAGUCUGUGCAGAUGGGAGUGAGCCGGGGUGUUGAUGCUGUGACCUCACGGCUUUUCUUAAAAGCGUUUAAAGCCCCUCAUUAGCAGACAGUGAACACAAACACUGAAACUGGAUAAAUGCUCAUGCGCUCGAAUGCGCUUCGCUGCGUAAGAACGGGGGCCAAGGACCCCACGCGCCGGUUAAUAGGUAGCGUGUCUGAAGCUGGGGGGGGGAAGAGACGCCACGUAUCAUAUCGCCUGAAGACACAAAUAACAGAUCAUUUUAAUCUUCCUGAUUACUAACAUAAGAAUAAUCUGAAUAGAGCGGUGAAGGCAGGCUCGGACCAAAGCGAUCAGAGUUGGUACGCGCAUUAAGGCGGCUUUUCCAAUCUUUUAAGACUUUAUUUUUGUUGUAAUACUAGUACUUUUUUUGAUAGAAAUGUAUUUUAUCAGAUACUACUUUUUUCUCAAAGGGAUGUUGUGUUUUUGGAAAGAAGCCCUUUAAAAUCAAAGUGUAUAUGAAUAUAUCUUUACAGGCAUUGACUGAAUAUAUAUAUAUAUAUAUAUAUAUAGAGAGAGUAAAACUCAUUUCUUUCUUCCAUGACCGAGAUAAAAAUGAUCUUAAGCGCCUUUUGAAUCCUGUACAUGGAAACAAAUAAUUUCCUUUUGGCCACAUAGUAGUCCACUACUGUAUGCAUCACUUAGGAAUGUUCUAUUGUUCGCACUUUGUGUAGCUCCGGUAGUUUUCAUUUACUCAGACCAGUAAUAUAGACACAUACACACACACACACACACACGCGGACAUAUCGUGAAACUUGGCAGACGGGGGUUCAUCCAUCUCCACGAGUCGGGGCUCAUUUUAACACCUCGGCGCCUCGUGGAGAGGACCGCCAGCCACUUCUCAGUCCCCAGAAGUCCCACUUCCACUGCCUCUGUGCAGGCUGAGGGGGGAACGUGCAGCCGAUGCUCGCUGGCCUCGUCGCUGAACCGUUCCCCCUCGUGCAUUUGCAGGAUCUAUCUAUUCUACGCCAGCACAGAGCGUGUUUUCAAAUGAAUGUGGCUCCGCCGUUGUUAUCCAACCAUUAGUAAGUGCGUCAUUCUUCAGCACCAUCUUUUGACUUCUAGAUCUACAGCAUUUCUCCAAAACCUACGAGUUUACACGUUUUCUCAGAUGGUUUCAAAGGGACUGGCGCUGCGAUUGAACGUGCGUGCGCGUGUUGUUGAAGCGGCCGGUUCGUGGGGUUUGAGCACAUCGGCGGCGGGCCCCGGGCGACAGUGUCUGUUGAAUGCCACCAAAGACAUGUGAUCUCAUUCUGCCAUGUGCAAAGGGUCACAUGAAGCGGUUUGUCAAUGGCAGCUAAAUAUAUGACAAGGUGUUUAACCCAAACUCCACCCACCAUUAUUCCCAAGGUGCCGAUAGGCUGGUUUGGCCGCAGCACGACGCGUUGACGUGCGUCUGUGUGGGACUCUUUUUUUUUUUUUUUUUGGACCCAUUGUUGGGGGGUAGCGGCUCCUGUGCUCAAACCGCCCCGGACCAUGUGACCACGUGCAACGGUUUAGAUGUGGGGCUGUUCCUGUAGCUGCUCUUUUCUACUUUAACCGAUCAGGAACUCGAAGCAGGAGGAUUUGACGUCAUUGUUUGCAUCGUUUUAAAGCUUCACCGGGACGUGUUGGCGCGUUAGGUCAACCAAAGGUCAGCAGACGACAGCAAGGGUUCUUGAUUUUAGUUAAGAUGUUUUUAAAAAGGGGACUUGUUGUGACACUAAUGACUGGAUAUCUGUUGUGUAGGCAACUCUGAGCUGAAUCCGUGUUGAAGCUGCUUUCUGUUUUUCACCCAGGACUUGUUUGGAUUGUGUUCAUAGCUGCCUGUGUGUGUGUGUGUGUGUGUGUGUGUGGGUGUGGGGUCUAUCACUGUGGUCCUGUGUGGAGCACCAGGAACAUUACAAAAGCUAUUUCCCCAUCGGAAUAAACAAGCUAGAGGCGCUACUUCUGAGAGCUCCAUUGAAGACCAGACGCGUUCUGUAGUGCAUCUAAAUACGUCAAAAAGUAAUGUAAAACGUACAAGAAAAUGAAUCGGGGCCUUUUACACAAUCACUUCUCCUUUUACUGCAGUUAUCGUCGACGUAGAAAAUGAUUAAGGAAUGCAGUUUUGCAUGCUGACGCUAAUGCAUGUGUUUCAUUAACUAUGCAAGACUCUGUAGCGUAGAGAGCAGAGCAGCCUGUUGUAUCCCAUUGCUUCAUUUGCACACAUUUCCAAUAUUAAGAAAUUGUAAAUGACAGAAUAUUAAUGGUACAGUUAAAAAAAAAAAAGAAGAAAAAAAGAUUCCCCUUAAACAUCAUCCUCCCGUAUGUUUUCUCUGCUGAUCUGUGCUCUCUGGGUGCUCCGGCCUCACAGGGAGGGUUCUGUCUUCUUUUCGUUUUGGCUGUUGAACACCAGCAGAGAGAAACAACCCUCGAUGUGGUCGUGUAUGUUUAAAAAAAAAAAGGAAGAAAAAAAAGCCUCCAUUAAUUCAGCGCUAACAGAAUGUUGAAAUGUUCUUAGCUGCAUCAAAGAUGUGGCAACUCAAAUAAAUAGAUACACAUAUAUGUAUGCAAGUGUUAAAGGCAAUAAUGAAAGAACAUUUUUAGUUUUAUAUUUGAGUACGUAACGAACAAUCACAUGAAAAAAGUAAAUGUUCAGUUAAAACCUCUCGCAGCGUUUAAUGCCGAGUCGAAUAUUGCAAUCGUUAUUCUUUACUCAAUAACAUGCGGUGUGUCAGGAAAACAAAGGACAACAAGCUCAAACACAGCACCACUAUUCUUAUUUGGAAAAGGCUCCCCCUUUGUGUGUCCCCAUGCAUAAUCCUGCACAUUGACUUGUUGUGGUUUGGGUUACAGAGUCACACAAGUUCAUCUUGUUCAAGGUGAAACCGUAAUAAAUGUGCGACAUGUUUUAUCAGCAAUUGUACCACUUAAUCAAAGUUGCAAUAACCACUGGAACUGAAGUCCCUUAAAUCCUUCAGAUUCUGCCGGUACUGUAGUACGUUAAUAUUAAAAGGACUCGUGAUGUAAACACUACAAACGUACAUUACUGAAACCUUUCAGCAGCCUUAAGCAGAACAAAGCGUGACGGAUGAAUGUCAUGAGUCUCAUUUUAAUGUUCCCUAAGCUAAUAGAGAGCAACACUAGUGCUACAUGCACAGCACGCCUCCACUUUGACCUUCUUUUACUUGUGAUUGUAUCAUUCAAAAAGCAUUUUGUAAAAUUUAAAUGAAUCCUGUUUUACUGUAUUUCAUUUUUGUUUUAUAAUCUUUUUAUCUCUAAGAGCUGAGCAAAUGACAUUCAAUAAUUCAUCAGGAUAGGUCCAAAUCUUCAAUGUUAAUUUAUUUUUUUGUCUUGUUGUCAUGUAUGCACUUUUACAUUUUUCUUUUUCCACCAAAAGGACAAACGUGUAAAUACUUUGUUGUUUUAUCAAUGCAAGUAUAAAAUGACAAAUCGGAUUAAAACUGUUUAAAGUUCA